AAGUAAUGCAAUAAAUAGAAUCAUGACAUACAUGGCAGAAGGAGGCGUGACAUUAUGAGCACAUUCAUGUCCUCUCAAUAGGUUAGAUCUGUCGCAGAUCUGAAGGCCCCACAGCUUCCAGGAAGUAGACAAAGAAAAACUCAGUUGCUUGAGAGAGCAUUUGCUCAGAGGUGCAUGGGAUGUCACGGAUGUCAGGCCUCUCUGGGUUCCACUGCUCUUCUCCAUCAUGAUCAACACCUACCAGACCAGCGUGGCUCCACCGCCGGUGCCUCCACGCUACGCCAAGCCCCAACCGGUCCUCAUCCCGGCUCAGCUUCCAGCACCGAACAGCGGCAAGCCUCUCAUCCGAUUUCUGGUUGCUUUAGUGAUUCUGCACUUGCUGCUGUCUGUUGGAGGGUUCAGUUAUCUGUUCCAUCAACAAAACCCAGGUUCAUCUGAAAACCUCCCCUCCCAUCAGCGACAAGUUGGUUUUCUCUCAGCAGAAAAACAAGAAAUUACUUACAGAGCUUUGGCACGAAUGGUAGCAACCACUCCAAAAGAGGAAUCAAAGGGUUAUCUCCAGUGGGACAUGAAACACUCCAUUCGCAAAAACAUCAACUACUACCGAAGCAGCUGGCUGACCAUCCUUGAGCCUGGUGAUUAUUUUGUUUACUCCAGAGUGACCUUUUCCAAAAGUCACGUUAAAGAACCGCUGACCAGCUGGGUCAAAAUGAGAAAGACUGAGGAGGAGGAGGAAAAGGUUAUGAUGGUGGCCUCCUGCAGCUUGUCCGAUUCUGCAUCGAGCCCUCAGUUGUGCACCGCCUCACAGGGGGACCUGAUCUCCCUGGAGAGGGGGGACCAGCUCAGCGUCUGGGUACCAGACCUCUCUCUUGUAAACUAUAAAGAUGGUGCAACUGUCUUUGGGAUGUACAAACUAUAGGACUCUAGCAGGAGCACGUGCACGGAUCUGAACUCUGUGGGGACUCUACAUCUGGAUUUAUAGCUACCAAGAAAUCAUCAGAGUGGAUCAAACAGACAUUUUGUUGGAACUAAGAGACAAAAUGCACAUUCAGAAAUUAUAAUUUAUUAAAUAACGUGCAAUUCUGUUUUGUGGAUAGUAGUUUUAUAUUUAUUUCUGUGUAUUGCUGCAUUUGUCUCUGAUAAGAUUUUAUUUUUUAAAAUCUAUUAUUCUUCCCCAUUUUUUAAACAUUUUUAGUAAAAAAUAAAAAAAAACUUGUUUUCUUUGCAUUUUAUUGCUGGGUUUAUUAGUUAUUGUACCUAGAAGCUGCCGUGUCCAAGAGGGGAGCAUUUAUUCUUAAAAACUUACUUUGGACAAAAGAUUGCAAGACUCCAGCCCUUUGAGAUGUUGAUUUAAAAGAAGAAAAAAUCACUAAUAAUGAUCUUUUGCUAACAAGUUCAUUAAAACCAACUGAAGAUAGUUUAGUCGCUCCCAGAAUGUACAAAAAGCCUCCUCAUUUAGGACUGAAUAACAGCUAAAAUGGCCUUUUUAUCAUUAAACUAGACUUGAGCAGAAAAGGCAACAUGUUUUCCAUCAACAUGUUAAUUCAGUUUUGAUUAACAAAAAGUUUAUGAACCUAAAAAGGUUGUUAAAAUUGAAGACAAAACAAUUUCUCUGCGUUUAAUAUUCAGAAUAAUUUCCUAUAAAUGCUAAUUAUGGUGUCUAUUUUAGGAUUAAGUUAUUCUAAAGGGAGCUUAUGAGUAACUUCGUGUGAGAGCUUUACUUGAUGAGUAAUCUAUCCCGACCCAGCAAACUCGAAACGAUAGUUAAGCCCUCAGACGUGUGCUUCUCAUGGUGGAGGCAUGGAAAGUGUGAAUCUCUAUGGAGGUGUGUAGGUGCAGAGGCAGCACUCUCUCACAGGAUGUCACCCAUUCUUGUCACUCCUUCCAUCGUGCAACGAGUUUCCUGAGAGUGA